AUGUCUCUAGUUCAAGCAGCACGACAGGCAGAGUCCGCAGAGGCUUUCAAGCACAUUCCGAUAAUAGAUCUGGAGACGGUGUCCAGUUCUGACCCUGCCACCAGGAAAUCCUUGGGUAAUGCCGUCCGCGAGGCAUGCAUGAAUGUAGGGUUUCUGUACAUAACAAAUCAUGGCAUUUCGGAGAAGACGAUCGACGACGCCUAUAAGGCAUCGAAGGAAUUCUUCUCUCUUACCCUUGAGCGGAAGAUGCAGCUAGACAUAACUAAGACUUCGAAUUUUAAGGGAUAUAACCCCGUAUUGAGCAGCAACAACGAUCCAGAGAAUGCAGGCGACAUGCACGAAGGCUUCGAGUUUGGCUGGGAGGAGCUCGAAGUGAAGACCAACGAUGAGAAGAGAGCACACGAUGGUGCUAUGGCAGGCGCUAAUGUUUGGCCAAAAGACUUACCCAACUUCCGGGGCGCCGUUCUCCAGUAUUAUCAUGCUGCAGUUGCUCUUGGAAAGAAGCUGUUUCCUCUGUUUGCACUCGCGCUCGAUCUUCCCGAGAACUACUUCGACGAUAAGACGAGGAAUUCCGCUGCUAUCAUGCGUGUGCUACACUACCCGCCUCAAACCGGACCUGUGGACGCCCGCGUCAUUGGCAUUGGUGCUCACACAGACUUCGAGUGUUUUACCCUCCUGUGGCAAGAGCCAGGCAUCCAGGCUCUGCAAGUCCUGAAUGCCCGGAAGCAAUGGAUAGAUGCUCCCCCGAUACCCGGCACUCUUGUAGUCAACCUGGGCGAUCAAUUUGCUCGCUGGACAAACGACGUAUUCAAAUCCACUGUACAUCGCGCGAUCAAUCGGAACGGUGUCCGACGAUACUCGAUCCCCCUCUUCUUUGGCACCGACUACGACGUAAUGCUAGAGCCCAUCCCAAGUUGCGUAUCUGCGGAAAGGCCGCCGAAGUACGAGGUGGUCACAGCGGGGGAUUACGUGAAGGAGAGGCUGAAAGCCACUUAUGGUUACUAG